AGGAAGGCCAGCAGUUAGUUUGGCUGAAGUACAAACUUAAUCGCCGACAUUUGCAGCCUUAUCGACAAAAGUUGGUUGCAGAGUUGCAGUCGGGAAUUUGUAUCCAUGGCAGCGACGUUGAGUAUGAGGAUGACGACGAUGGUAUCAGCAGCCAGGGUUUAUGCAAUGGCUUCAUCUUCCCCGGAGUCGCUCUUCGUCAAGAAAACCAUCGCCUCCCACCAGUCCGUCAUUUUCUCCAAAUCCUAUUGCCCGUAUUGUGAAACGGCAAAAGCUGUUUUCAAGGAUUUGAACAAAGUUCCUCAUGUUGUUGAGCUGGAUCAACGGGAUGAUGGCAGUGCCAUUCAAGAUGCUCUUAGUGCACUUGUUGGAAGACGCACUGUUCCUCAAGUGUUCAUAGAUGGAAAACACAUAGGUGGAUCAGAUGAUACUGUUGAAGCUUAUGAGAGCGGAGAGUUGGGUAAACUCCUGGGCAUCAAGGAAUAGGAUGAAGUUGAUCAAACCUUCAAUUCUAAGCAAAUAUCUUUGCACGUACAGAGUUUCUUUUGCUUGAAUUAUCUGCUUAAUUGUAUCCCUUAAUGCCUACAAGGUACUAUUUUGUCUCGAAAAUAGGGAAUCCGAUGCAUUUUUGGACGUGAAAAUUUAUUUUAACGAGACUGAUUCUCAAUAACAGUUGGAUGUAGAUUCAAAAAUUUGCAUGCCUUAAUAAACAUGGGAUACAAAUUCUUGAUGCUUUUGAAA